GUGUUGUUCCUUUGCUGCCGCUGAUGACUUAUAUACAUCAGUCUGUUUCUCCGUUUACGCACGUGUAUAUUACUGUUGCGCACGUUAAUAAUAAAAGCUAGUUACCUUCUGGAAAAUCGACGAGAAAACCCCAUACGCUGCUUUAGUUGAUCCCAGUUCUUCAUUGCCAUUAUUACUAUAAUGUUGUUCCGUUGUGGUCUUAUCGUCGCUGCCAUAUUGGCCAAUUUCUGCUCCGCCGGUUUGAAGUGGAACCAGUGUGGUGGCCAAAAUGUAUUCCUAUUAAAAAAUCUGGAUAUUCAGCCGAUGCCAAUGAACUUACCGGGAAAAAUAAAAUUAGAUCUGCAGGCGACCGCUUUGAAACAGCUAAAUGGCUCUGAUGUGACGGUCACUAUUCGUAGAUCCACUUUCUUUGGUCACGUCAAGAUACCUUGUCUAUUUCAAGUAGGAUCUUGCACCUACCACGACUCCUGUACGCUAUUAAAACGCAUGAAAGACGAGAACUGGGGAGGCAUGAUGGCCAAUAUAAUCACCCAAGUUGAGAGUUAUUUCUCAACUCACAACAUCAAUCUUAAUUGCCCGGUUUCCAAACAAAGUCUUACGAUAUCCAGUAUGAACGUAACCCUGCCUAAUAUACCAAGUUACUUGUCGUUUUUGGCUUCGGGUUCCUACAAAGUCGACGUGAACAUGGUUGACAGACAUACGAAAGAACAGACGUUUUGCCUUCAUGUAGAAUUCGGCAUCGCCUAACGGAGAAACCUGUAAACACUUAGUAUCGAAUCAUCGUAGUGUGGACUUCCCCCAUCCCUUAAAUAAAACCUCUAUUCCAGUUUCUAUUGUAUCCCUGAAAUAUUUUCAUGUUACUUUUUUUUACAUUCAACAAAACUUUAUCUAAAUUAGGUUUAAAUUUAUUUUUAGGUAACAUUACAUAUAAAGAACAUAAAAUACUUGAAGUCUAUAGCAUUAUUAUCAAAGCGGGCGAACCGACAGAAGCGUUAUCACGUCAGAUAAAAUGCUUGAUGGCGUUUCAUCCGACCCUUCACGGUCUGACUUCAAAUCCCGCCUUUCGGGGUGGAUAAAAUAAGUACAUUUUUUUACAUUCAGCAAAACUUUAUCUAAAUUAGGUUUAAAUUUAUUUUUAGGUAACAUUACAUAUAAAGAACAUAAAAUACUUGAAGUCUAUAGCAUUAUUAUCAAAUCGGGAGAACCGGCAGAAACGCUAUCACGUCAGAUAAAAUGCUUGAUGGCGUUUCAUCCGACCCUUCACGGUCUGACUUCAAAUCCCGCCUUUCGGGGUGGAUAAAAUAAGUACAUCCGAGCGCUGGGGGAUGUCGAUGUAAUCGACUAGUCUCCUUCCCAGAUAUUUCAAACCUUGUGCCUAUAAUAUAAAGGAUUAUUAUUAACUUUUAUUAUUAUUUCUUUUUUAAUAUUCAAAGAACAUGUUGGAACGGUUUGAUAUCUGGCAUUGUUUUUGAUACUAAAAGCAAAAUUCUGGAAGACUGCAAAACCUGUUGGGACAUCUCAGGUUUACAACAACCAUCGCAAGAUGGUUUUUGCUGUGACACAGACAGACCAACCUAGAUUCCAUAUCACAAAGUUAUGAAAUGUUUAGCAAAUUUAAAACUAAUAUACCUUGUUUACAGGCCAAAUUCUAUUUUCCGCAUUAGUAUUCGUAUUAAUACUGCAUUUGAUUGAAAGCGCCACAAUUUUUUGAGAGAAAUAUUCUCAUCUAAGGAAGUGGCAUUUUUGGGAUUUUUUCUUUUACUAAAAAAAAAAAAAAAAAAAAAAAAUCCAAAUGCAACAUUACCUCAAAGUUUCUCAAGUCAUCUUAAAAAAAUAUUUAAAAAAAAAUAAGAAGUUUCAUUUAUAUUCUUUUUUUCUGAUAUACUUUACUGAAAAAUGUACACAAAAACUUUAUAUUCAGAUCAGUUUUUAAAUAAAGCUAUUUUCAACCGACCCCUCCAACAAAAAAAAA